AAUUAUCUGUAGAGUCCAAGGUACUUUUAAAUAAAUAAAUCUCUUAAAAUGAUAAAAAAAUAAUAAAAACAUAAAAUGGCAUGCGAGGUGUGCGAGCACUGUUCGGAACCAAUCGGCACCGGUGAAAAGGUCGUCUGUGAAGGCUACAGCUACCACAAACAGUGCAGGAAGUGCUUUGUAUGCAAUGAAAAUGAUUUAACGGACGCAGAAAUAUUUAAAGGCGUUAUAUUUUGUUCUAAAUGUUCAGCACGAUUAUUUCAUACUGACAAAGACUUGAAUAAGAAUAAAGACAAAAACCCGAUGAAUCUCCGUGAGUUGAUGUCGAAUACGACUCGCGAUACCUUUAGAGAGUUUGGAAAAACUUCAGUAAUUACUUCUAAAACUUCAGUAGAUCGUGUUGAAGAAAAAAAUAAAAGCAAACCAAUACCAUUACAUCCUGGUUCCGAGAUUAAAUAUUUACGUAUGAAAAUGAGUUCCGAACAUGUAAGUGAUGUGUAUUUUUAUUCUGAAAGCGUUUAUAAAUGUACCUAUGAUAAAGUAAGGUGCAGCAAUAGUCAAUUGUACAAUCAUUACCUCUAA